AUGGCUCAAAACGGUGCAGUUCCAGACUUACCAGAGGCUGCCACCAAGGUUCCUGAAGGCGUCGUUCUUCCUCCCAAAGACAUCCGCGCCAUUAUCGAAAAGACUGCUGGGUAUGUCGCGCGAAAUGGCCCCGUUUUCGAAGACCGCAUCCGCGACAAGGAACAAGCAAACUCAAAGUUCUCCUUCCUCUCCCCUCAAGACGCAUAUGCACCCUUCUAUCAAUGGCGACUCUCAGAGGUCCGCUCGGGUAGAGGUACAGCCAUCUCUGCUGGAAGAGCCGGUGAUGCAACACCCAUCCCAGAGAAACCAAAAGGUCCUGAGCCUCCUCCAGAGUUUCAAUUCAGUGCCCGCAUGCCCAAUAUCAGUGCCCUAGAUCUCGAGGUUGUCAAACUCACAGCGCUACAUGUUGCCCGGAAAGGCAAAAGCUGGAUGACUGCAUUGUCCCAACGUGAAGCCAGAAACUUUCAGUUCGAUUUUCUCCGCCCACAGCAUUCCCUCUACAAUUUCUUCCAACGCUUGGUCGACCAAUAUACUCUUCUCUUACAAACUGGCCAGGAAGGCCAGAAAGCGGAGCAGGCCCGAAUACAGGCCCUGCAAGCCAACAUCCAGGACCACUUUCGAGUCCUCACCCUGGCUAAGAAGCGGUCCGAAUACGUCAAGUGGCUCGAGACACAGAAACAGGAGAAAGAGGAGGCCGAUGAGGCCGAAAAGCUGGCUUAUGCCCAAGUCGACUGGCAUGACUUUGUCGUGGUUGAAACCGUUCUUUUCACCGAUGCCGAUGAGCAAGCAGAUCUCCCGCCUCCCACAACUCUCAACGAUUUGCAGAGUGCCAGUUUAGAGCAGAAAGCCAUGAUGUCUCUCUCGCGACCUGACAUGCGCAUCGAGGAAGCGAUGCCCACCGACGAUAUGAAUGGUUAUGCCUACCAAGACUAUAACUCAUAUGCACAACAACAAAAUCAUGCCGCUGCGCCUCUCCCAGUCCCAAUGUUCUCGCCAUCGCCCUCGCUACCACAACUUCCCAUCAGCCCUGUACCUCCAAACUACGCACCCUCACCAGUCCCGGUCGCCGCCCACAACAUCCCACCAUCAACAUCAUCUCCAGCUCCAGUAUCACUUCCAGGCCAGCCUCCUAUGCGUAUCAAGUCCGAUUACAUUCCCCGAGCACAACAGCGUACCGCGCGGACGGCAACAGCACUCUGCCCAAACUGUGGACAACAGAUCCCCGUUGCCGAACUGGAUGCUCACUUACGUAUCGAACUGCUGGAUCCCAGAUGGAAAGAGCAGCAAGCCAAAGCUGCUUCGCGUUUCUCGACCACCAACCUUGGCGGCACUGAUGUAGCGGCCAACCUCAAGCGUCUCCGAGCCAAGACCGAUGGGUCAGGCUCAGGCUCUAGCGGAGACGCUCUGGCCGAGGCCGCUGCGCGUGUAUUGGGUGAGCAGGAAGAGGAAGAACGGAGAAAAAGAAUGCGCAUGGAAGGGGCGCCUGAUGUUGGAGGAAAUUAUCCCGGCGUUGGAACCCAGCCAUACCAACAACCGGGGCCCAAUGUCCAAGAACAGAUCCGUCAGAUUCACGGCAGGUACAAGUCGUGA